GUGCCACCCUGAGGGGAACUUACUGCAGGGCACUGGCUAACUGCACCAUCUGUCGCAGCGGCUGCAGCAGCUCUGGUAGCAGGGGGCGGCUAUGCUGCAGUAAGUGCUGGCUGGGGAAGGGGUGAACACAGGAUUGUUUAUGGUUCCUGAAAGCAUGCAGACCUCAAAGGUUUCUGUACAUUUUAGUGAAGUUGCGGUAUAUUUUUCGGAGGAAGAAUGGCAGUGUUUGAGCAAGAGUGAGAAGGAUCUCUACCAGACCGUGACCAUGGACAGUUACUACAUGCUGCUAUCACUAGAUCUACUGAAUGUCAAACCAGAGAUUGUGCAACGGAUUGAGCAAGGCCGAGAUCCUUCUGUUUCCUGUCACCAGGAAAUGCUUUGGCGAAAAAAAUGUAUGGGGACGCAGGCAGGGAAUUAUGUAGGCACCCACCAUGUUGGUUUACCAAGGUCAUAUUGGACAUGCCUGGAUAAUGUUCUCUAUUCCCAAUCUGGAGACCGUGGCCUUGGAAUUGCAUAUGCCCCAGAUGCGUUCUCAAUGCCGGUGACUAAAACCAAGCAUGGUCACAAAGGAGAUCGACGGUAUACCUGUUUGGAAUGCGGGAAAACCUUUAUUCAGAGUUCUCACCUCAAGUCCCACCAGAAAACUCAUACAGGAGAGAAGCCGUACGCCUGCAAUGAAUGUGGGGCCCGAUUUGCCGAAAAGUCAACUCUCGUAAAGCACCAAAGAACUCACUCAGGAGAAAAGCCAUAUGUUUGCCUUAUAUGUGACAAAGCCUUUUCUCAGAACUCCCAUCUAACCAUGCACCAGAGGACCCACAUAGUGAAAGAGACGUGUUCUGAGUGUGGCAUCAUUGUAACAAAUAUAAGCCCCUACUCCAAAAUCCACAGUGCCCAGCUGCAAAGCGAAUGCUCUGAAUGUAGCCAACGUCUCGUGGCAAAGCUUGAUGCCCUUAGCAACCGAAUCAUUAGUAAAAGAGAGAAAAUUUAUAAAUGUACUCAGUGCGAUAAAAGAUUUACUCGAAGCGCAAACCUGGUGGUCCACUACAGGACACACACGGGGGAGAAACCAUACAUCUGCUCCUACUGUGGCAAAACCUUUACAGACAGGUCGAACCUUGUCAGCCACCUGAGGACUCACACAGGAGAGAAGCCUUAUUCGUGCAUUGAGUGUGGAAAAAGCUUCCCUUACCGUUCGGCCCUGGUUUUACACAAGAGAACACAUACGGGAGAGAAACCGUUUGUAUGCAAUGAAUGCGGGAAGAGCUUUUUCUGCAACUCCCGCUUAGUCCUGCACAUGAAAGCUCAUACGGGAGACAGACCCUUUGGUUGCAAUGUGUGCGGGAAAAGCUUUUCUUGUAGCUCAACCCUUAUCAAACAUCAAAUUAUACACACUGGUGAGAGGCCUUAUGUAUGUCUAGAGUGUGGGAAAGCCUUCACCCGCGGGUCACACCUGGCAAUCCACCAAAGGACUCACACGGGGGAGAAACCAUACUCCUGCGAUGAUUGUGGGAAAGGCUUCACUGACAAGUCCAACCUUGCGAGCCAUCAGAGAACUCACAAGGGAGUGAAACAAUAUGAGUGCAAGGAGUGCGGCAGGAAAUUCACCCAGAGCUCAACGUUACUCAAACACCAGCUCAUACACACAGGGGAAAAACCCUUUGCUUGCUCCGAAUGUGGAAAACUCUUCAGUCGUAGCUCCAACCUUAUUAUCCACCUCAGAAUGCAUACGGGAGAGCGGCCAUAUUCUUGUACAGUGUGCGAAAGAAGCUUCGCCCACAGCUCACAUCUUGUCAAACACCAGAAGCUUCACAAAUAAUGAUACUGGGAUAUCUUGUUCUACUUCCAUUUUUAGUAUCCAAAACAUACCACCGUCUGAACUGUUUCUUCAUAAUUCCAUGAAAUUAUUGGCUGUACGCGGAACUGUAAAGGCCUCCAAUUAAAUAUCUAGUCAUACAAAUGAACAAUGAAUUAAACACAGAUAUAAAAGAAAUGUAAGAUCUUAGUAUGACGUGCAAUUAAAGAAAAAAAAACUUUUUUUUUUAAAUUCAGCUGUAAUUCUCAAUUGUUUCCUUGGUUUGGGAUUGGACAUGUAGGAGUCUUUGUAAGUGUCAGAAUAUUAAAGGGUAAUGUGGAGGAACAACUGGACCAAUUUUGGAAAGGGUCAACAUCAAGAAAGGAGAAGAAAGGAGUAACUGUAUAACUGGUUUAUAUGGUGAACAUAGGAAUGAAUGAUGUUUAUUUAACCCCUCAUAGAGGGAAAGAUGUGAAAAAAAAAACAUUAGAAGGGGAUAAUAAAGAAAGUUAUGGUAAGGGUUUAUAUUAUGGGAUGGGGUGAGCAGUUACUGGAAGGGGUCACGCUAUGAUUAGAGACAGUGAAUAUGAAAAAGGUGCUGUGGUAGAAUAAGAGUAGGAGUUAUAUAAAGGGGUUACGUUGAGAUGUAAGGGGUGUGGUAAUGGGAAGUGGCUGUUAGUUGGGUUAAGGGAUGGACAGCAAACUACUAGAUACAGCACAUAUAUACAAUUCAAUUCAAGUUUAGGUGUCUAAUAUAUUUGCAGCAAUCUGGUUAGCAGAAACAUCAAUUCUCAGUAUGAAUUGCAUAUUAAAUUGUGAACUGGAAAGAUGCAAAAUAGGUAGGUGAAUAAUUCAAAAACUAGAAAAAUGGAAGACUGCUUGACUGCUUAUAUUGUGUCUUUGCAUCACUACGUGUCUACAUCAUACUAAAAGUUAUUUUAGGGAGGACUAACUUUCUAAAUAUGUACACCACCUUGGGUUAAUAUUUGGAAUGUAAUGAUACUAUCAGUUUCAAAUUGGCAGUAUAACUUCUAUAGACAAAUUUCCCCAAUAGACAAACAACUUUAUACAGUAUAUGUUGCUCCUGCAAUGUCUUCUUUGGGGGGUUUAGAUACAACCAAACAUUAGUUGUACAGGUGUGAGCCCUAUUAGGACAGUUGUUGUGCAAUAAACGUUAAUCUAGGUGUGCUACAGUACUGUGCCUGCUUUAUCAUUUAAAGGAAAACAGCUGGGCUACAGCUUCUAUUAGGCUGCACUUCAUAUCUUUGGGCAGUAGAGGGAAUCUGCUCUAUCACGUUGUUUCGUUCUUAUAUCCCAGAAACAGUCUGCUUAGAUCAGGGAUCCCCAACCUUUCUUACUCGUGAGCCACAGUCAAAUGUAAAAAGACUUGGAGAGCAACACAAGCACCAUAAAAGUUCAUGGAGGUGCCAAAUAAGGGCUAAGAUUGGCUAUUAGGAGCCACUAUCAGCUUACAGGGGCUUUAUUUGGUAGUAAAUCUUGGUUUUAUUCAACCAAAACUUGCCACCAAGUCAGAAAUUCAAAAGUAACUACCUGGUUUGGGGGCACUGAGAGCUACAUCCAAGGGGUUGGGGAGAAACAUGUUGCUAACGAGCCACUGGUUGGGGAUCACUGGUUUAGAUCAACAGAAUAUGGAAAGAAACAACAGCCCAGCCCAAAAAUAAAAAAUGUGAAGAAAAUAAAAUUAAAGAAAAAGGUGAGAAGAAGCCCUUAAUCUCAGUGAGUUAGACAUUCAAGCCUAUGUGAUCACAUAAUCUAGAGUUUCUGCUGUGCAAAAGGUAUAUAGGAUGUAGUUCCAGUUACACUGGAAACCAUUCAUCAAGAAACCCUGGAAGGUCAUCACCCAUAAAGUCCAUUUUCAGAUAAUAAUAGUUCUAAUUUUUAAAAAUGAUUUCCUUUUUCUCAGUAGUAAUAAAACAGUGCCUUGUACUUGAUGGUAACUAGAUCCCAUACCCCUAUUCUGAGAUUAUUUGCAAGCAUAUUUACCCAGGUUGUCUGCAAGAUGUUAAAAGAUGAAAUAUGUUAUUACAAUACCUGAAUGAGCAAAAACAAGCAAAUCAAAUAAAUCCACAUGUUUUAAAAGGAAACAACUUAUUUAUUGGUAGCACAUUGUAAUAUACAAUAAAUAUAUUUAAAUGA